UUUUAGGGAUCCCUCAUAGUAGUCCAGCACCUUCUUGGCAUCCGCCAGAUUCCCAUUCAGGUGAUGCGCAACCGCCAGCCCGACCCAGUGCUGUCGCAGAUUUGGCCGGGAUUUGAGGAUCGCAUGUCGCGUCUCGACUAGGCCAUCGUACAAUCGUAGUACAGACGGGGGGAAGUCACGUUAGGAAGCAUCCCCUGCUCGCAGCGGGGGGUGGGACGAACCUUGUCGAACUUCAACGCCUGCGUGUAGCAUUUAAGCGCCUCCUCGUAAUUCUUCUCGCCCUUGUGGAUGAGCCCGUAGACGUGCCAGCAGAUGUGCGACGUGAGAUCGAGCCGGACGCCCUUCUUGACGAGAUCGAGCCCCUCCUCCCGCCGCCCCAUGUGCGUGAUUAUCAGUCCCUUCAUGCACGUCGUCUCUGUGGUUGCACGUGAGCGGCCCAUGCCUAGGCGGUGCGGCGCGGGAGUCGACUGCACCUCCAUGCUCGGGGAAUUUUUUCAGGAUCUGGUCCGCGGUUUUGAGGCCCUUCUUCAGUUGCCUCGUCUCGUAAAGCGACAGCAGUUCCUUGAAGAGCCCGGAUUCCUUCGAUGGGAGGACUCGUUUUUGAGGGAUGUCGGACAUGAUGCCGGGUCAGAUUUCGCCGUUGGAGGGUGUGGGCUGCGGAAACACGCGGAUCCGAGAGGUGGACACGCAGAAGCGUGCAGGACGACGAAGGUGGAGAAACUUCACGAGGGUCGGCGAUAUCCGAAUCUGAUGUCGUCCGCAAGCUUACGAGUCACGAUGCGCUUACUUACGAUUUCUUUUCGCCAUCCCAACUGAUGCUCUGUGCUAUCCAGAUUCUUGGUCCAAGUCGUGGAACAGCUUGAGCCUAUCUAGACUCGUCUCCGCCGCCUAAUGUCGACCUGGCAUCCCUCGUUCGACGAUACUGACGGACUUCAGUGACUUUUGUGAUUCUUUGUCAUGACUUCAGUCAAUGAUUCGGACCAUUACUCUCUGCACGAUUCUUGCCUCGAUCCAAGUCGCGAAGAAUCCAUCGCUGCUGCCUCUGGGAUACCAUUCUUUGGCGCUUCUAUGCUUUGGGAAUGAGUGGCAUAUAGCUGGGGGUUUGUCGGAGAUUUCAGUUGUGAUGGUCUUUCCAGGUUUGCCCUCAUCCGCAGGUGCUGGUUUACAUCUGGCCCGAUAGUAG